AUGUUUAUCGCAGACCUACGGAGAGACUUCUACCAGCAGCUCCUCGGCAAACGCAUUCUGGUGCUGGUGAACUAUGAUCUGGACGCGAUCUGUGCCAGCAAGAUCCUGCAGGCACUGUUUCGCUGCGACAAUGUGCUCUACUCGAUCGUGCCGAUCAUGGGCAUUUCGGGCAUGAAGCGAGCGUUCAACCAGCACAAGGAAGCCAUACGGUACGUGCUGCUGGUCAACUGUGGCGGCUGCAUCGACAUCGUCGACGUACUGCAACCGGAGCAGGAUGUUGUGUUCUUCAUAUGCGACUCCCACCGGCCGUACGAUGUGUGCAACGUUUACAGCGAUGGGCAGGUGCGGAUACUGGGAGAGAUGAACAAGAAUGAAAACAUACCGGCCUUUGAGGACAUCUUCCAAGACUCUGACAACGAGAGUAACGAUGAGUCGGACCCCGGUGAUGGUAGUAACGAGAGUGAUGAGGAAGCCGGCGGUGGCUCCAAUCUGCGUGUCCAGCGUAUCGAGAAACGUUUGGUGCGCCGGCGGGAACGGAAAGCGUGGCAAGAGCGGCGCAUAACGCUCAUGUUCGAGUACGCGCAGUAUGCCUACUACGCCCAAAGUUCGGCGCUCGGUGUGUUCGAGUUGGCCUGGGGCAUGGCGAAAGAUUCGCUCGAUCUCCUGUGGUGGGCGAUCGUUGGUGUUACGGAGCAGAAGCUGCUCGGAAAGGUCGAAAGCGCAACUUACACGCUGCUGGUCGAGCGGAUACAGUCGCACGUGUCGCGCCUCACGAACAAAGCGAGCGAUCGGGCAAUUCAAACGUCGGUGAAGAUCGCGUUCGAGAGCGAUCUGCAGUUGGCCCUGUUCCGUCACUGGAGCGUCCUUGAUUCGCUCCGCUACUCCUACUAUCCCGCCUGUCGCAUGAAGCUGUGGACGUACAAGGGCGAAAAGACGAUGCACGAGCUGCUGGUCGACAUGGGCCUCCCGUUGGUGCAGGCAAAGCAAACGUUCAGCGCGAUGGAUCUGGUGCUGCGCAAGGAGUUCUACGAGAAGAUGGAGCAGUAUGCCGAAAAGUACAACCUGCCCGAUGUGACGUACGCGUCGUUCGUGCUGCAGUACGGCUACCGGAACCGCUAUUCGGCCGCCGACUACGUGUACUCGAUGCUCGCCAUCCUGGAGUCGGUGCGCAAAGAUCGGCUACCGGAGGCCUGUUUUCUCGAGUCGCUGGAUGCGCUGUCACGGUCGAAGAAGCCCAUCCUGGACGAGGGCAUCGAGAUGUGCAAAACGCUGCUCACUGCCAUCUUCAAGCAGGUCCAGAGCAGCCUCGAACUGCACCAGAUCCGGUCGGCGGGUGCGUUUCUGUACUUUGUGCUCCAGGAGGAAGUGCCUUUCUUUAGCUGCCCCUAUGGCCUGUUGAUAUUGGCUCGUUUUUUACUGCGAGCCCAUGUGGCCGUCUCUCGAAAUCGUCGGGCACAGGAGUUACCCCUCAUCGCCGUAGCACCGAUCGAUCUGCAGCGAGGCAUUUCGCUGCUUGCCGGCGUUCCACCGGUGUGCGAGGACAGUCGACACUUUUUUGCGAAAGCGUUCGAAGAGGCCGGCAACCGGAGCGGCGCCGUGAUCUCGGCCGAUUUUUUCGAAACCUCCGUCAUUCAGAUACAGCACUCAGAUUGUACAAAGUUUCUCGAUGCCCUGACCGUGAUGUUGAGCUAG